AAGGGGAAUCGCUGGAGGAGUUCUACAAGGUUCCGUUGGAGAGGUUGGGAUGGACAACGUGGAGAGCUCCUCCUGUUCAGCGUCUCCUCAACCCUCGCCAUCUCCUCGGCAUCUGUCUCGGCGCCCGACGAGGAGCUGCUUUGUUGCCCACCGACGUCGCCUCCCCAACCCAGCCGUCCUCCACCGCUCCGCUCAUGGGCAUGUGGAAACGGGGCACGGGCCGCAACACUGGGCCGGAGGACACUGAGGAGAGCGCAUGGGUAAGCGGCGGGAGGCCCUGCACAGGCAAAGCUCCGCGGACAAAUUACUUCGCUGAAGAACUUCAGGCUUUGGUCGUACAGAUCCGACUGCUGGCAAAUUGCACCAGGCCAUCCCUCGGCGGUUUCAGUGGCACUCCAACGUCCCACACUCUUCCUCGAGUCGAGACCCCCGGUGCGGGCGUGCGUCCAGCAGGAGUAUCUACAAGCGUCGGUUUUGCUCGAUGCCUCGACACCAUCGUUCGCUAUCUGGAGGAGGAGGGGGUUGGUGAGACCGAGGUGUCCAAUGGGAAGAAGGCGGCCGGCGACGCGAAGGAGUACCUCGUUCUCGAGCGUGCAGCUGGCACGACCCAUAGCCCGGAAUGAGCCGCAGCUCUUUGGGCUUUAGAUCGAAGCAUGAAUUUUUCCUUCUGUUAACCUGAAUGCCGAGUUGCUGACUCGCCUGAAUGUUAUAUUUUGGAGCUUCAACCAAACCUACAAAUUGAGAUGAAUAUUCAGAGAUAUAAGUGAUACAAACCGCCAUGCAAGACAAGUCGCCAAACCUACUAGAUGUGGAAUUGGACAGAGCAAUUUUCUAGAAGUUACAACCAUGCAAGACAAGUCAUGGCACAAGGUGCCAACGGUGGAGGGAGAGUCGCGGUUUGCAGAAGGGUGGCCAUGGUGUGAGACGCCGCCAGCAAAAGGCCAGUUGCUGCUGAUGGAGUGCCCAUCGAAGCAGUCACAGUCCAAUCGCUGCUGACCUGAACGACCGAUACCCGUCGGCGGAAGGCAGUGCCUAAUCUUCGGUGGAAGUCUAGAAGGUGUUCGCAGCGCUCCAGACGAUCGAAUACGAAUCCUAUCAGCUCAUAAACGCAUGAAGAUUCGAGGACUUAUUCACCUAGAUGGUGAAUAAAAGAGAGGGCGUUAUCAACUAAUUGGUGUUCAAGUGGCUUGCUAGAGACUCAUCUAUGAUCCAUGUUGUUCGUCUUAUCUCUGAUGGUCCACAACAGAAAUUUUCUGAUCUUCACGGAAAACCAGUUUUACUGGAUACAACGCCACUGAUAUAUGUACACAGUACCGGUUGCACCUGAUAGUAAGAAUGAUACUCAAUUUGACAGGUAAAGUGCUAAUGCACAACGAGAUGGAUGCUACUGCAUGGUCGCCUCAGCCAU